AUGAAAGAGGCCGAGACAUCGCUGUGCCGCACUCUCCAGGAGGCGCACGCUGCACUUCGCUCCUCGCAGACAGUCGCCACAACGCUUGCCACGCAAGGCGAGACACUCACCUUCCUGGAGGAGUGUGUGGCAGAGAACGACGAAGGAUGGCGUCAGGGGCGUCGAGAGAUGCGGCGCACGCGACACUGGGAUACUGCCUUGGCGCACUGGCUACGGUGCGGGAGGAGCGGUUCACGGUCGCAGGUGGCGAACAAGUCGCCUGGCGCUUCACCGGCGGUGAGGCGUCUGUCAGGAAUGGUACCAGGGACCGAUGCCAGCACUUGCCCUAGGCUGUGGCGUGAGUCGAGGACUCGUAGCGAAGCCUCGGGAGGUAUUACGGCCACACAACCAGACGCCGCGCACCUCCGUUGCGCCGAUGCACUUGGCGACUGCAGUGCACCUGCCAAAGAGGGCAACAGCGUGCAACGCGCCGCCCUUGCUGAGGAUAUGCGCACCGAUGUGAAGGACCCUGGAUCCACCACGACGUCCGUGCGCCUUGGCAGUCCCCAUCGGGCAGUCGCGGACAAGCAUCCCGUCAACCGGCGCGUCGACGUUGCAAUGCGUGACCGGAUGGAGCCGACACUAGACGAGAUACGCGGCAUUGUGGGCGAGUUGCAUGACCGCGCCACGAUGUGGCACACUAUGCUGACGUCCGACGUGGGCCGGAUGGACGAGCUCAUCAAGCGCACUGACAAGACACGCACGAAGAACAAGAAGGUUGAUCUGCACUGA